UCGCCUUACAGAGUUAAAAUGCGCUCGUACUCGCUGACCUGUCAGAGGUAUUAAAGAAGGAAGUUCAGUUAAAGAAUAAGUCACUAUGUUUCGUAAUCUGAACCCGUAUCAGACAUAAUGACAGGAACUGAAAGUUGGCAAGCACGAUACCUCGAAAGUACCAUUGAUAUGUAACAGCAGGCAUUUGAAAUACCGGAAAUAGGAUUCAACGUUUCAUAACCACCAGUUUAUGUUAAUAGAUUACAAUUCUUCGCGCAGGAAAACAUGGCAAGUGAAUUAGAAAAUGUUCAAAGAGCAGACGAGCCACUUAAAAAAGCGUCCUUCAAGGAGCGAAAUAAAUCCAUGGUGAAUAACAGCCUCAUAAGCGAUGUCACGUUCAUCGUAAACGAUAGCAAUGGAGGCAAGGAAAUCACCGUUUACGCUCACAAGUACGUUCUCUCUGUGGGCAGUCCUGUGUUUUUCACUAUGUUCUACGGCGCUUUAGCGACAGAAGGAGCUCAGGAAAUACACCUUCCUGACUGCGAUGCCGACAGCUUAAAGGAAUUCCUUAGUUUUCUCUACUGUGACGAGGUUCGUAUCUGCGAAGACACCGUGAUACAGUUGUUGUACCUGGCUAAGAAGUACAUGGUGCCUUUACUACACGAAAUGGCCAAAAAGAGGCUUCACAGCAUGAUUAAUGCGACAAGUGCAUUCGAAAUCCUUCCCUCAGUCAUUCACCUUGACGAAGGCGACCUCGUUGAACAGUGCUGGAAGGUCAUCGAUAUUGACACGGAGCAAGCGAUCAAUCAGGACUCCUUCUAUGAGCUCGAAAGAGAUUUGCUGGAAAAAGUGCUCGAAAGAGACGAGCUAACGAUCCGAGAAGCUAACCUAUUUGGGAGAGUGUUAGACUGGGCUAAGGUGCGUCAAAAUCUACCAGAAAGCGACGGUAAAGAGAGCAACAUCCGUGAUGUUCUUGGAGAGAAAAUGAUUCGUCUGUUACGCUUCUCAACAAUGUCCUUUACCGAAUUCACCAGCCUUGUAUCGAACUCAGGAGUGCUUAAGGAAAAAGAACUUACUGCCAUCACACAAUUCUACGGAGGGUUCUGCCAAGAGACCCCCAAGGAAUUUUGCGAGAGUUUCCCAAGGGGUAAAAUUUUCAGAUGCAACAGAUUUUCGAAAGCGUCUGAUCCGGAAGUAUUGCCACGGAAUAGAAAAUGGAGUUAUAAGAGAGGAUACGAGGACAGCAUUAGAUUCUCAGUCGAGGCUCCAAUCGUUAUAUGCGGCAUUCGUCUGUACGGCUUUGAACGAGCUUCGUAUUACGUGGAAUUGUCUAUUUACCACGCGUCACGCAAUAUUCAUGACCGUGACACACGUAAUCUACCAAGUUUCUCUACUGUUGGUAUUUUUCAAAGCGACGAAGAAAGGACCAGUGAGUACUACGGAUUCGAUGUACCCGUUGAUCCACCGUUUUACUUGAAACACAAUACGGAUCUGAUAGCGCAAGUUAUCAUGCAAGGCCCAAAGUCCGAUUUUGGUGAAGGAGGCAAGUUGUCUCUCGAUUGUGAGGGGGUUAGAUUCCAUUUUAGCAACGAACGCAGUCGUAACGGCACAACAGCGAAAGUUGGUCAGUUCGCGGAGAUAAUAUUCAAAACUGAUCUGUAAAAUAAAGAAAGAAGUUCUUUGUGAUGUCAGGAGAGUGGGAGGAAGUCUAUGGUCCGAAAAAUUGGACCACAGACCUUCGGAUUACACCGAUGCCCAUCAUUCAUUCACGUGACGGUUUUGUUGUUUUCUUAUUUUCGAGGCAAACAAACGCUUGUCACAAGUGAACCUGGUAUUGCCCUGACUCAUCACAGAGUCUCUUAAUCUCAGUGGCAGAGCAUGAAAGUGCAAAUCCGAAGGUCUGUCAUUUUCUUCCCCAUGGGGAUUCUGAUUUAUCUUCGUUCCACGCACGUGACAAGAUGGGUAACAAUUCACGAGCGAGCACAAAACACAUAAUUUUUUCCUAUUCCGGUGUCUCGUUCUUAUCUCCCAAUAGCUUAUAAGUUUUUCGGUUUCCUCUGAAGGUUCGCAAGUUGACUGUGUACCUUUAAAAUAUAACUGUUUGGUGCUCUCCAUGAGGUCAUUAGACUAUGAGUUUGCGAGGUUGAGUUGUGAUAGAUAGCAAGCAGAAUAUUUAUUACGAUGUAUUUAUAAUUCACUUAACUAGUAUUUUUAACAUUAACAAAGUUAAGAAAAACUUAUGGGAAAUAAUUCAAUUUGUCCAAACAAACGCCGACAAUUCAAUCGAGCUUAGAACUUAAUGUAAUAGUCUUUAAAAAAAAAAAUGGGUAACAAAUACGUUACAAUCAUUGCCACCCGGGUUUUAACUGACCCCAAAAGAGGAAAGUGUCUAUAAACAACGUACUCGUUUGAAUUUCGGAUAAUUUUAAAGAUACGUUAAGCAACUUUGUGGCCGUGGCUCGCUUGAAAGAGGGAGACACAAGUGGCAAAGACAAUUCGCUUUGCUUGAAAUAGAGAAUUGUUUAGAACAAGUCGCACAAACUCAAACUGGUUUGAAUUUAAAAUCACAGAAAUAAACUGCGUCGCACAGACUUGCUUUAGAUGUGUACACACAAAACGGUCUGAUACGCAUAGAGGCUUAAGACAGAAAAUAGAAUCUUGGUUUGUUCUGGCCUUAAUCUUUUACACCCUAACAUCAUUAUGCAUAUUCUCCAUACUGUUCUCUAUACAUUUCCUAAGGUGCUGACAAGGAGAAUUUGUUUAACAAUCAAGAGCUUCUUUAGUUGGUGAUUAUUUCCUUUAUUCUUACGAUCUUAAAUGAAUGAUUCAGCAGUAUUAUUGUAAGGAGAAAAUAGAAGCUCGUCACUCUUUGGGUUUAAAGGGUAAAAAGUUCCGAAAAUACUAUUAGGGCGCAAAAAAAUCCAAUAAAGCA